AUGUCUGGCUUACCUUUCAAACCCGUCACCGUCUCUUCAGCACUAGGGUCGGUAUAUCUAGUACGGUACCGACCAGAUUUACUGCUCUUCUCACGGCCGAGUUACGUGGGGACCUUUGUGCAACUAUGGGCCCUUUCAUUCUCGUUGUGGGCGUUCUACAAAGUUGUUCUAUAUCCCAAGUUUUUCUCGCCAUUGAGGCACUUCCCUACACCUCCUGGGGGUAGCUGGUGGAACGGGCAUUUUGAUCAGAUCAAAGCCAAUCCCACGGGUGCGCCACAGAGUAACUGGGUCAAUACCGUGCCUAAUGAUGGUAUCAUUCGGUACAUGGGAAUGUUCAACUCUGAGCGUCUGUUUAUUACCAGCCCAAAAGGUCUUGGCGAGGUUCUCACCACCCGGAACUAUGAUUUCGUCAAGCCAUCACAGGUCGCUGCCGGACUAGGACGGCUGCUUGGUAUUGGUGUUCUGCUGGCCGAAGGCGACGAGCACAAGGCGCAGAGAAAGAACCUCAUGCCAGCAUUCGCCUACAGGCACGUCAAGAACCUCAUCCCCGUCUUCUGGGAAAAGUCAUGCGAGGCAGUAAACACAAUGGCAGUCGAGAUCAACGCGGGCGGCAUUCCUGACAAAGAUCUCCCGGAAAAACACAGACGACCAGAAGGCGCACAUAAGGAGGCCAUUAUGGAAGUAGGGGAAUGGGCAAGCAGAGCUACCCUUGACAUUAUCGGCCUGGCAGGAAUGGGACAGGACUUUGGAGCCGUCAAGGACCCCGAAACGCUGCUGAACCGCACAUACAGAGUCGUGUUCAAGCCGUCGCGACAAGCUGCCAUUCUGGGCCUGCUCAACAUUUUCCUACCCGGCUGGAUCGUGCGCAACCUGCCCAUCAAGAGAAAUGGAGAGAUCGACGCAGCGGCAAGCGUGAUUCGCACAAUCUGCCGUCAGCUGAUCCGCCAAAAGAAGGAAAAGUUAGAGAAGAACGAGCUCACAGAUAUCGAUAUCCUCUCCGUCGCCAUCGAGUCCGGGGUGUUUGCAGAAGAGAACCUGGUUGAUCAAAUGAUGACGUUUCUCGCCGCCGGACACGAGACCACCGCGACAGCCAUGACCUGGGCUAUCUACAUGUUGUGUCUCCACCCCGACGUUCAAGAGAAGCUGAGGGCGGAAGUUAGAGCGAAGCUACCGAGCCCUACCGCCGGCGAGACAGUGACGAGCCAGGAUAUCGACCACAUGCCCUACCUCAACGCCUUCUGCUCAGAAGUCCUCCGGUACUACCCACCCGUGCCCCUCACGCUCCGCGAUUCCGUCCACGACACCACCAUCCUGGGCCACUCGAUCCCCAAUGGAACGCGCGUAAUGAUCAUCCCGUGGGCCAUCAACAAGUCGAAAGCCCUCUGGGGCGAGAGCGCAGGCAGGUUCGACCCGGACCGUUGGCUACCGUCGGAGAAAAACCCGCACUCGGCAAAUGGGGGCGCGCAGUCUAACUACUCGUACCUGACAUUCUUGCACGGACCGCGGAGCUGUAUCGGGCAGGCCUUUGCGAAGGCAGAGUUCAUGGCGCUUCUGGCGGCGUGGGUGGGCCGCUUCGAGUUUGCGAUUAGUGAUGGGGAGGAGUUGGAUGAGGGCAGUGUCUUGAUCAAGGGCGGGGUGACGGCGAAGCCGGCGAAGGGGAUGUAUGUUAAGACAAAGGUUGUUGAGGGAUGGUAG